ACUCCAGAGUUUAGAAGCCUGCUGUUUCAUAAUAAAACUACAAUAACGGUGAGCCAUCUGUGAGAGAGCGUUUGCAAGACUUGCCGGGAUUUUUGUCGCAUGUUUACCAGUUCAUGAACUCAAGAGGAGGGGAAUACUUUUGCUGACCACCUGUUAGGAGUGAGAUCUACUUUUCCCACAUCAUCAUGUCCUCAGAGAAUACCUUGGAUGAUGAGGAUACCUUCAAGAUCCUGAUUGCUACAGAUAUUCACCUUGGUUACCUCGAGAAGGAUGCUAUCCGUGGCAAUGACUCCUUUAACACACUCGAUGAAAUCCUGAAAUGUGCCAAGACAAAUCAGGUAGAUUUCAUCUUGCUGGGUGGUGAUUUGUUCCACGAGAACAAGCCGUCCCGCCGAUGCCUCCACAGCUGCAUCACUAUGCUGAGACGAUACUGCAUGGGGGACACACCCAUAAACUUCAACAUUCUCAGUGACCAGACUGUCAACUUCAACACCACUCAAUUCCCCUGGGUUAACUAUCAGGAUGAAAACCUGAACAUCUCUAUUCCUGCAUUCAGCAUUCAUGGUAACCAUGAUGACCCAACUGGGGCUGAAGGUUUGUGUGCGUUGGAUCUGCUAAGCGCCUCUGGUCUUGUCAAUCACUUUGGUCACUCCCAGUCAGUGGAGAGGAUAGAAAUUAGUCCCAUCCUAAUGCAGAAAGGCAACACCAAGCUAGCCUUAUUUGGUCUUGGCUCUAUCCCAGAUGAGCGCUUGUACAGGAUGUUUGUCAACAACCAGGUCACAAUGCUUCGUCCCAAAGAAGACCAAGAUGAAUGGUUUAACCUCUUCACCAUCCAUCAGAACAGGAGUAAACACGGACCCACUAACUACAUUCCUGAGCAGUUUCUGGAUGAAUUUAUCGACUUGGUGGUUUGGGGUCAUGAGCAUGAGUGUUUGAUCGCGCCAACCAGAAAUGAACAGCAGCUCUUCUAUGUGACACAGCCUGGCAGCUCUGUAGCCACCUCCCUGUCCCCUGGAGAGGCGGCCAAGAAGCACAUAGGGCUGCUGAGGGUGAAAGGUCGUAAAAUGAACCUGCAAAAGAUCCCUUUAAAGACAGUGCGUCAGUUCUUCAUCCAAGAUGUGGUGCUGGAUGACCAAGACCACUUCACAGCUGAUACACCCCAGGUCACAAAGAAGGUGGAGGACUUGUGCUAUGCAAAGGUCACAGAAAUGUUAGACGAAGCUGAAAGAGAAAGACUUGGAUGUCCGCUCACCCCAGAGAAACCUCUUAUUCGCCUGAGGGUGGACUACACUGGAGGCUUUGAUACGUUCAACACUUCUCGCUUCAGUCAGAAGUUUGUGGACCGCGUAGCCAACCCAAAAGACAUCAUUCACUUUCUCAGACGCCGUGAGCAGAAGGGGGACAUCAAAGAUGAGGUCAAUGUGGACUACGGCAAACUGUUAAAAAACACAGCAGUUGAGGGGCUGAGAGUGGAGGACCUGGUUAAACAGUACUUUGAGGCAACUGAACAGACAGUGCAGCUGUCACUUCUGACGGAGCACGGCAUGGGGAAGGCAAUUCAGGAGUUCGUAGACAAAGAUGAGAAAGACGCAAUUGAGGAGCUGAUCACAUACCAGUUAGAGAAGACACAGCGCCACCUCGAAGCAAGAGGAGUAAUCACAGAGCAGGAUAUAGACACUGAGAUCCAGCGAUUCAGAGACUCCAAAAAGAACACAACUGAGGAAGAGAAUGAAAUCAAAGAAGCUAUCAACAGAGCCAAAGCUCACCGUUUGGAGCAUGGCAAUGUGCCUGUAGACUCUGAUAUAUCCAAUGAGCUUGCUUUGGACUCUGACGAAGGUUCGGCCCCAUUUGCUCCCCCCACACGUGGCAGAGGACGAGGAGGCAGGGGCCGGGGAGGCCGGGGAAGGGGAAGAGGUGCAACAGCCUCUGAACCAAAGCCAGCUGGUCGGGGCCGUGCCCAGAAAUCCUCAGCGACAACCCAAAGCAGGAACAUUAUGCAAGCAUUUCAAGCUUCAUCACAGAGAUCAUCUCGGACUGCAGAUGAAGUGAUCAUUGAUGACUCAGAUGAAGAUAUGCCUGUAAUGAAAAAAGCUACCCAACCCCCUCCAAGGUCAGCAUCAUCAUCGUCGUCGUCCUUCACCAAGUACAGCGCUCCGAGCCCGAGCCAGUCAGCUAAAGGAGUUGCAUUUGAUGACAGUGAUGAUGAUGAUGAUGAUGAUGAGGACCCAUUUAAAGGCCGCAGCAAUCGUUCACGGAGAUAACACAAGAGCAUCCAUUAUGUAACACAAAAAUCUGGUUUGGUGAAUUUAUAAAGGCUGUACGGUGCCAUGGUGGAGAUGACUACAUUUAUUAUUCACCACCUGAACCCUUCAACUGGUGCAGCACAUCUGCUCCUGUACACCGACACUAAUCAAAGUUGUGUUUUGUCAUUGGCUUUUAUAGCUCUGAUAUUCAGGAAAUUAUAAAUGUUUUUUCAUACAUAA